AUGAAGGAAAGAACCCUAAAAGGAUUUCGCGCCGUGGAAAGAAGAAAGGAAGAAAGAAAACCAACUCAUUCAAGAAGAACGGAGGAGGGAACCAAGGGUCUUCGAACCAUCGCGGGCACCAAGGGUCUUCGAACCAUCGCGGGCACCAAGGGUCUUCGAAACACCGCGGGAACCAAAGGUCUUCGAACCAUCGCGGGAACCAAAGGUCUUCGAACCAUCGCGGGAACCAAGGGUCUUCGAACCAUCGCGGGAACCAAGGGUCUUCGAACCAUCGCGGGCACCAAGGGUCUUCGAACCAUCGCGGGAACCAAGGGUCUUCGAACCAUCGCGGGAACCAAGGGUCUUCGAACCAUCGCGGGAACCAAUGGUCUUCGAAACACCACGGGCACCAAGGGUCGUCGAAACACCACGGGCACCAAGGGUCGUCGAAACACCACGGGCACCAAGGGUCGUCGAAACACCACGGGCACCAAGGGUCGUCGAAACACCACGGGCACCAAGGGUCGUCGAAACACCACGGGCACCAAGGGUCUUCAGAACACCACGGGCACCAAGGAUCUUCAGAACACCACGGGCACCAAGGAUCUUCAGAACACCACGGGCACCAAGGAUCUUCAGAACACCACGGGCACCAAGGGUCUUCGGAACACCACGGGUCCAGUAACGGUGGGGACUGCAAGGUGCAAGCAAGAGCUGCUUGCAAGAAGCACGGAGGAAGCUGUUUACGUUAAUGACGAGAUAUUUUCUCCAGGUUGUAAAGCGAAGAAGAAAUGCAAGACCGCUCGUGGCUCCUGCAAGAAGUCGUGUAGGAAGGAGGAGCGUGAGCUAAAGAAAGGCUGCAAAGGCAAGCAUUGCAAAUGUUGCAUCAAGAAGGUUGAGAAAGGCUGCAGUGCCAAGAAGAAGUGCCUGAGGAAGGGAGGGAAGUGCAAGGCCCAGUGCUCGAGUCAUGAACAUGAGAUCAAGAAAGGAUGUGUGGGCAGUUCCUGCAGAUGUUGCGCCGUUCUUCACCGUAAAUGA